GACAGGACAGGACAGGACAGGACAGGGCGGGCGGAGGUGGAAGCCCGCAGCCCGCGGCAGUGCUGGCGGGGUGGGUGCGGUCCGGUCCGUCCAGCUCCUUCCCUCCUCCCGUCCGCGCUUCGACUCCUUCAGGGAGCCGCUGCAGGAGCUCGGUGCGGGGGCUGGUCUCCUGUCUGUGCAAGUAACAAGGCCCAUUUGUCACUAGAGCACCUGUCUGUGGGUCACGGCUGAAGAGAUACUGGUGCUGUCCUCGUCCAUGUCGAGCUGAAUAGCCAAAGCAAAAUGUUACUGGAGAUAUGAGUUGUAGGAGUUCUUCAAAAAUCCCCUGCUUGGUUUCCAUUCCUUCAGAAGAGAUUUGAAUGCAAUUCAUCCAGCCUUGCUGCUGCACAAGACUCAGUUAAGUGGAUUGUCAAGUUGUCUUGGAAAAAAACCCACAAUAACUCAUCAGAAGAUGUUUCACGUUUUUCAAUAUCAGCCUUUAAGACUAAUAACCCAAAACAAUCUUUCUAGCAUUUGUUUAAAACUCAUGCUUUCAAGACCUGUUGCGUUUGCACAGAUAAUGAAGUCAUGGUUCUCAAGUCAUUCUCUUCUUGGAAAGAAAAAUAUUAUCCUGAUGGGACCUCCAGGUGCUGGUAAAACAACAACUGGGAGAAUAGUGGGCCAGAAACUGGAUUGCCCUGUUAUAGACAUAGAUGAUGAUGUCCUUGAAACAACCUGGAAUAUGAGCGUGUCAGAAAAACUGCAGGACGUUGGUUAUGAGGAAUUUCUAGAGGAGGAAGGAAAAGCCUUGUUGAAGUUCUCAGCAUCUGGAAGUGUAAUUUCCCUUAGUGGAUCCAAUCCAAUGCAUGCUGCUGGCAUGCAGCACAUAAAGAAAAAUGGAAUAGUUGUAUAUCUGGAUGUGCCCACAACGGUCAUUAUGAGCAGGCUGAAAUCAAAGCAAAUGGAUCGCAUCGUGGGCCUGUCUCCUGGUAUUUCUCUCAAAGACGUACUUCAGUUUAGGAAGCAGUUCUACAAAAGGUGGUUUGACAUCCGUGUUCUUUGUGGCGGGGAUGUUGCAGCAGAGGUUGUAGCAGAAAAGGUACUUGAUGCUGUGAAGAGAUACCAAGACUCAGAACUGGAAACUUUCAUUUCAACAAGGUCUAGUAGGACUGGAAGGAGUGCGGAAGAAGACUCUAAUAAAUUAUAUUUCAGUGAUGUUAUUAUUCAAGGCUUAGCCCUUGAUGGGGGACUCUUUGUUCCUGAGAAAGGACUUCCAAAAUUCACCGUUGAAGAAUGGCGAGGUCUGAUAGAAGCAACUUACGUUGAAAGAGCCCAGGUGAUACUAGAAAGAUGCAUACAUCCUGCUGAUAUUCCUGCUUCUAAGCUGGCAGAAAUUAUUGAAACUGCUUAUGGAGAAAACUUUAGUUGUUCUAAAGUUGCCCCAGUUAGGCAUCUGGCAGGCAAUCAGUUCCUUCUUGAGUUAUUUCAUGGACCAACAGCAUCAUUUAAAGAUUUUGCAUUGCAGUUGGUGCCACAUUUAUUUGCCUACUGCAUUCCCAGAAGCUGCAAUUACUUGAUUCUGGUAGCUACUUCUGGGGACACAGGGAGUGCUGUUCUAGAUGGCUUUAGUCGUCUCCAUGACACUGACAAACAGAGAAUUGCCCUGGUGAAUUUUUUUCCUGAGGAUGGAGUAAGCCCAAUUCAAAAAUCCCAAAUGAUUGGCUGUCAGAAGGAAAAUGCUUGGUCAGUGGGUGUCAAAUCAGAUUUUGAUUUUUGCCAGACAGCUAUAAAGCAAAUCUUUACUAAUUCUGAUUUUACUGGCUUUCUUACAGUAGAAUAUGGAACAGCUUUAUCUGCAGCAAACUCCAUAAACUGGGCACGACUGCUUCCUCAGAUAGUUUAUCAUGCCUCUGCAUACCUUGAUCUCGUUCAUCAAGGUAUUAUUUCUUUUGGAAGCCCUGUAGAUAUUUGCAUUCCUACGGGAAACUUUGGCAACAUGUUAGCUGCUUUCUAUGCUAAAAUGAUGGGAAUUCCUAUUAGAAAAUGUAUUUGUGCUUCCAAUGAAAACAAUGUUUUGACUGAAUUUAUAAGAACAGGUGUUUAUGAUUUGAGGGGAAGAAAAUUAAUUUCCAGUUUUUCACCAGCAGUAGAUAUUUUGAAGUCCUCCAAUCUUGAGCGAUACUUACACCUGAUUGCUAACAAAGAUGGACAACUGGUGACACAAUUAUUUAAUCAGCUGGAAAAUCAGGGCCACUUCCAGCUGCAGAAAGAUCUACUUGGAAAGCUUCAGCAGGACUUAGUGGCUGGCUGGUGCUCUGAUGAGGACUGUCUGGCUGCCAUUCACUCUGUGUACAGUACUACAGGAUAUAUUUUGGAUACACACACAGCUGUUGCUAAAGUAGUUGCAGAUCGAUUACAAGAUAGAACUUGCCCAAUUAUUAUUUCAUCUACAGCUCAUUAUUCUAAGUUUGCACCUGCUAUCUUGAGGGCCUUGAGGAUUGAAGAAAUAAAUCAGAAUCCAUUAAGUCAGCUUCACUUGCUAAGUUCUUACAGUGCACUGCCUCCAAUCCACUGGGGCCUAUUGGAGACCCUGAAAAAGACAGGAAAUGGGGAUCACCAGGUCUGUGCUGCUGAUGUGAGUGUGCUGAUGUCCCAUAUAGAAACCUUAAUUCAAAAUCAUUUUAUGAAAGUUUUUUGAGCAACUGAUCCAAUGUCUACAAUUGCAAUACCUUCUUAACAAGCUGCAUGCUUUAUGAAAGCUAUCAUUCAUCUGGCCUGUAUCCAGUCCGCAGCAUCUCUCACAAUUUUAUAUUCAGUUGUCAAGCUUUCAACAGUAUUUGUAAGUAACAUGUGUGAGAUUUCUAGUGGCAGUGAAAGGUUGUGAAUCAAGCGUGUAAAAAACUGGAAUACCACUUUGCAAAUCAUACACAGUAGAGAUGCCAGCACUGCUGGUUCUCCUUGGCAGUGCUGUCUCCUUCACAAGCCUGAAGCAUCCUCAAUGGAAGGAGACAGAUAAUGAAGUCUGACCUUUCUGGAACUAAUAGCUCUGGUUUUGUUGUGACAAUGAUGUGAACCUUUGGUCAGUGGAUGUUUAAUUAAACUUUAACUCAUUUCACUUAGGGCACUGAAACAUAAUAAUAUAAUGGUGUUCAUGUGUUACUAAUGAGGGUUGAUUUUACUACAAAGAUAAAAUAUCCUUGUAUUGUAAAUCCUUGAACCAUUGAAUUUUGUGAUAUAUUACCUUCUUGUAUAAUGUUUUUUAUAUAUUGUGUUGCCAGUGUGUAAAUAUAAAAAUCUGGUCUUUUAGUUUUUAACACCUUUUUUCACAAAUAUUUUCCUGUGUCAAAUAGAAUACCUAAUUCAAUAUUUUUAAUAUAUUUGAGGUGUUGCUCUUCCUCCAAUGUCUUGUAGUCUCUUUCCUAGUUUCCUUUCAACUUUAAAAUGCUUUUUUAGUACUAUAGAAGAAUCUGAUAGUGGUAACAGCUGUCUUCUUAAAUAAGAAACAGACUUCACCAUUUAUUUAGAUAUAUUUUUUGUAUUAUGUUUUAUCUUUGAGAUCAUAUAGCUUUUCUUGUUCUAAUUAAUUAUGUUUUCAUAUUUUUCUUAAGUUAAUUUCCUUGAUGUUCUAUUCUAUUCAAGCUUUGCAUGAAUUAAUGUAAGAAAGAAGCUUCCCAAAUUGCUUGGCAUCUCAUCAAGGAAAGUGAAGGAUGAAUUCCAGUCUGAUAGCAUCAGAAGUGUUCAUUAUGUAACCCAAAAUACAUCUGUGUGGUUUUGCUAAUGACAGGCACUUUGCUGGGUUUUUUUUCUGAAGAAAAAUUAGACUGGAUUGUCCUAGGAGAUCAUGUGGUUAUGGACAAAUGUAUUCUGUUAAUUGAAGAUUAUAUUUCACAAGGACAUAAACAACAUUUCAUACUAUGAGAAAUUGUAAAAUGAUGUAUUGAAAGGUUUGAGUGGCAUGCAGUUAAAGGGCUAAGAGUCUUCAGAUGCAAGGACAUGUAGCUAUGGGAAGUUGUGUUUCCCACUAAGAUUCAAAUGAUCUGGUAAUUGAUAACAUUUUUUUGCCUCUUCAAUAGACAACAUUUCCUACAUGUCAAGAUUCACUUGAGGCUUUGAGCUGUUGUCGUACCCAACAGCUUCCUCUGUGUGCCUGCUUGUACUUUUUGCCACACUAGAAGUGAACAAGACACCAUCUAGCAAACUGUUUUAAAGAAUUGUAAUUUCUUCCAGCGGAAGGUAAAAGUCCCCAGCAUGAUGUGCCUUUGCCACAGGGAAAAUGUAUACAGUAUCAUUAAAUGUAGCUGAGAACAUGGGUGUGACACAGUAGCUUUAUAGAUUCCUCCGUUCUUAGAUACUUUUUUGGGAUCUUUUUAGUUCUUGGCUCAAGUCUUAUUCACUAUUUCUGCAGUAACUUUGAAAAAUAACUUUUUGUUUUUAUGGAAUUGUGAACAGACCAAGUUGGAAGUGGCCUGAAAACAUCAUCUGGGCCAAAUUUUUGUGACAAAGGGAGCCUAGAUGAGAUUAUCUGGCAUCCUCUCUGGUUAUGUCUUAAAAACUUCCAGUAAUGGAGACCUUUUCACAUCCCUGGGGAUAUUGUUCCAGUGAUUGAGUGUUCUCACUCUAAAAAUUUCUUUUGUAUAUCAAAAUGAACCUUCUCCAGGUGCAACCUUCUCUUCCCCCUUGUCAUCUCCAUGUGGCUCCUUGUGAAGAGAGAGCCUCCAAUCUCUUCCUAACCACCACUGAACUAUUGGACAGCUGUGCUGAAGCGCCCACUGAACCUCCUGUAGUCUGAAAAGAUCUGACUCAUUCAAUGUCCUCAUGGAGCAGGGGAAUUUUCAUCAUUUUCCAAAUACAACCUGGAAAAGACCAUGAUUAUGUAAUUUUUAAAAAAUCCAAGUCCUGUAAGAAAAAGUUACAUAAGCAUAUUGCUGAGAAAGGAGCACUGCUUGUAGCAGUGAUAAAUGAGCAUCCACCUUGUAUUUCUGUAUGUUUCAAGCUGAUUCUUACAGUAAUUCUAAGUGGAAAAAAUUUAAUGCUUUCUCUGGACAUGCUCAGUACAAAAGCAGAAUUCUAAACCUUGAAAAUAAAAACCCCAAACCAAACAAACCCAACUGCCUGGAUUGAAUUACUGGGACAGGACUUGGUUUCAGCAUAAGGACUCGGUGGGGAUCCUGCAGUACUCAGUUCCAUGGUGCUUAAUGCCAUUAAAAUCACAGGGCUGUUUGUCACAAACUGUUACAAUACUUUAUAGAAACAUCUUCAAAGAGCUUGUUUUUGUAGAAAGUACCUGAAAGGGAAGAGCUGAGAUUCUAAACAAGAUAAGACUAGAAGCCAACAUCCUGCCCUGAGAUAACUCAGUGUUAGAUAACUUGGUCAGAACUAAACUAGCACAGGAUUUAUUUUGGCAUGACUAAAUUAUUUUAAGGCUCGUGGCAGUAACCCAAGCAUGGUUUGAAUUUCUGGUUGCUGCUUUCCUAUCACAUGAGCCAUUAUAGCAGUCAAUAUAAACUAAAUAAGUAAAAAAAAUGAGCACUUGUACUUAGGUAUGGGCUGUCAGUGGGGAUGGUGUCUAAGGGCAGGGGUUAAUGAGCACUAGAAUAUUAAUACAUUUCUCAGAAUGUCUAAAGGCUUUUACAAUAUAGUAUUUACUAAUUUUAAAAAUAAUUAAUUUUGGACUUUCAUUUACUUCAGUCAAUUAUUUUCCGGCACUACAUCUGCUUGUGGAUCCUAGUAAUGAAUAUUAUAAAAUGCUGCAGUAGUGUUGUGAUCCUGAAUGUACACAGUAUUUGUGAACUGGUGCUAAUGCUGUGUUCUGGAAGCUGUAGUGUCAAAUCUUCCGUCCUGCAGGGCCUUUAGCAAUAGAAGGGAAAAAUAUUUCCAGCAUGUUCAGAAUAGCUGGCUGUGGGUACAUAGGAUAGUGAGGGAAGCAAUCCUCCUUUCUUCCUAGCCUAGUUUUUCUUAGUGUCAGCAAUAUACUGUGGUUCAGCAAAUCUUGUGCUAUGUUAUGAUCCUUUUUUUCCCAAUAUCAGUAUUAUGAAAAAUUCAAAAGGCAUUAAAGACUGGGCAUAAGUGCCCCUUCUUUUGUCUUGUUUGUUCAGCAUGCAGACACUGUGCACCCUGAAUGCUGUCAUACAUUAUUUCCUAUUAACUUCUUAAGGCAAAGUAGUGUGCCAAUGGUACAGAAAAGCAAAUCUGUAUUGUGCUGGUUAGUAAGAUUCUUUAAGCCAUUUAGGUUUGCUGUAUACACAGUUUGCUCCUAUUUGUCUAGCAGGAUACUGCAGUAUCAAUCAAUAAAAUCCACAUUGACAGAGAGUGUGAGCGUGCAGAGCUACACAUUUCCACUUGCUGUGUUGACCCAGAGUAAUAGCAUUGCUUUAGUUAAGCUGUUAUUCCUCUGUAUAGAUAAAUCUUUGCUGAACACUUUCUACUAUAUGAAAAACCUCAGGGACAAAUUUAACAAAUGUAAGGAGAAAUACAACGUGUAUAUUUACACUUUUCAUUAUAAGAAUAUUUAUGUGGAAAAUACUUUGUUUUGUUUACAGAUGUACCAGGUGCUCAUUACUUGCCUUUAGUCACAGCCCUUCUUCUCAAGUAGAAGACAUGAGGUAAAGGAUAAAUAGAACAUCAGAAAAUAAUUCUGUUUUUUUGGUAUUUGAUGAGAUAAAAAUAAUUGCUAUUUACAGUUUUGAGGUGAUGAAAUAUUUUAUCUGAUGGAACUCUACAGGGAAGAUUCUUGUUGUUCAAAAGGUCAGCUUUGCUUUCAAGGACAUCAAGAACAGAUAUUGCUGUUAAGCAUAUUUUAUCUGGCAUACCUGAAAUACACAUUAUUCAUUUGUAUCCACUGUAUUUUUUCCUAAAUAAACACUGCGGGAUUUAUAUAGCACUAUAGCUUUUCUUUGCAAAUAUGUUUGUAAAUUCUUACCAAUCUGCUAUAAAGAAAAUCCACUAAAAGAAUGGUUUCAGAGUCAGUUAAGAUAUUCUUAAGUCUUGAAAGAUGUGUUCCAUCCUGUAUUUCCUUGAAAGUUAGGCGUAUAGUUGGUGAUGAUCUAGUAAUUCACUUCACUGAGACUAAGAUUUUAGUGAGAUAAUGUGCAUCGUUCUGGAAGGAAGAAUGUAUAAAAAAGGAAACACAGAUCAAAAAUAGCAAAUGUCUGAAGACUCUGUUUACAUUGCACCACAGACUUGUCCAGUGCUGCAUGGAAAGCCUGCAUUCUGAGGAUUAGUAUGGAAAAGGAAGUCUCUGACAGUUUAAAGUUUCUUCUUCAUGUUUAGUUCAGUGGAGAGAUGAGCUAGUUGUCUGUCAGCUGAUGUGGAGCAACUUUGGUACACUUCUAAUAUCAUUUCAGGAUCAUGGGCUUAAAAAUUACUUGAAUGGUUGAAACCACAAUGAGCAGUUAAUGUCAGUGAAUUGAUGUGAGUGGGCCAUUCAUUGAUUCUGAACAUGUAUUAGCAGCUUAAAGAGGAUUUAAAUGUCACUGUGUUUUUUCACAGCAGUUACAAAUGUGCUCAGCUUGCUUAUCAGACCUGUAAAGCUGUUUAUUCAGAUUUUUUCAGAAUGUAGAAAUCUAAAAGACAACUGUCUUGUUCUUGCUCUCCAACUUAGCGAGAACUUUCAAAGAUCUCUCAGUGUGGACCAAGAUCUAAGCUGUUUGCUCAUUGUACUUGAGAAGACUUUAUUUCCUGAUAAGUGUUUAGGAUGCUGUCUGGUCUCCUUCUUGGCAGUAUAGGCAAAUUAUUCGGUAGAAUUUAGGUAACACCUGAUUUACUUGUGUGUGUAUGAUAUUAUAAAAUUUAACCAAGGGGAGCAUCCACUGUGUUUUCCUUGCUCAACAUAGGAACACAUUUUCCAUAAAAAGUGUAUUUCAUGUUUCACAAAAUCUGUUACAUAGCACAGGAAUUGUUACUCUGUAAUUUUAUUUAUAUAUUUUGUCACUGGUAUUUGGAAUAGACUUUUAAAUAGUUUCUUUUAUUUUAAAGAGUUAUUGUUAUAGAAACAUGGAGGGUAUCACCCCCAGAAUUAAAAUUCAUCAUGACAGUAAUCGAGUCAAACCUGAAAAAACUCAAAAUGUAAAUUGGAAAGAAAAGAUGGAACAGAUUUGUUAUGUUAGUUCACACAGGAUUUGGCUCUUAACCAUGAGUUUAUUAAGAACAUAGGAGGAAAUAAAGUAAUGACUGUUCAAAUCUACAGAUGCCACAAAACCUAAAUACUAAGGAGCCACUUAAUCAGAGCAAGAUUAAUUGCUUGGUUAGGAGCUGUAAGCAGUUUGCAUUUCACUCUGGCCUAAAGUAGACCUGUGUUUUUAGGAGGAUAGAGGUUUGAGAACAUACUUAGCAAGUAGAACAAUUUGUGGUGGGAAAUGCUGACUUUGAAUGGUGUCUGGAGAUGAUGUGCAUUCUCAACUGAGUAUGAAAUUUCAGCAUGCCUUGUGGCCAAAAGGACCAGUGAGAUCCUGAGGUUAGAAUUGGGAUUACUGCCAGGGAAGAAAUACUGCUGUCUGUAUUUGGCUUUGGUGUAACCUUUUGAAAGAAUAUUAUGCUCAAUUUCAAUAGUCACAAUUUUCAGUAAUGCUAGGAAGCUGGACAGAAAAGUCAUGAGAGCAAUGAAAGUAUUAAAAAGAAGCACUGGCAUGAGAGACUCAAAAACCAGAAUCUCCUUAGCUUAGUGAAAGAAGAAUCAGUCUAGAUGAACCAUCUUUGGAGAAAAAAAUGAUACUAAAGAGCUGUUCCACCUAGCAGAGGAAGAGUGAUCCAGCAAGUCUAAGCAGAAGGACAUGUUACAAAAAGAGAUUAAAGUACGUAACAGAACAGUAAAGGCAUCCCUACUCUGGACAUAUUAGAUGAUUUCCUGAAAAAAUGUGAUUUGAUAGAAAGAGGACUAAUUCAAACAAGUCAGACCCAUGAUACAAAAGAGGUCAAACCAAACAAUCACAAGUCGUGUUUGGCUGCCCCAGGAGUAACUUGCCUUUAACAAAAGCAUGAACAGCAUUUCGCAGAGAUUUCAGAGAUAGAGAUUAUGAACUAAUUUCAGUUCUGCUGUGGUGUAAUCAGUACACAGAGCAAAAUAGACUACUAGAUAUGUUUAGCCUUAUUCUUUCUGUCUCUAGAGAAUUGCAAAUGGACUACUAAUGCAUACCCUGACUUGACUCAUGGCUAUUAGGAUAUGGCUCAUUAGUUUUAAAUUUCAUUAUACAAUACGCCUUGUGAUGGUUUGGGCUAUAUAUACUUUCAUUAUGAAAAUGAGAUGAGCAGCACAGGAGGAAAGUGUCUGUGUAAAUGUCAGCUUUAUUGAAUGUAGCUAAUUAUUAUUUAUUUUCUCAAGCUUUUAAAAGUUGGAGAUCUUUUGAAAUUUAUUAGAUGCUUUUGGGCCCCUUUUUUCUCGGCUUUUACAAGCAACCUGCAAUCCAGUGGCCAUUUAAAAUUCAUUUUCAGCUCAUAAUAAGACUUAUAUGACAAAUGGAGAAAUCCAAUGGUUCCUUUUUAUAGUUAAACUUGAACACUUAUAUAUCAAUUAAAGCUUAGCGAAGGUAAAAUGUACUCAUAGGUUCUGCUCUAGCAACAUAUUUUGAUUUAAAUGUAUUUUUUCAUUACAUUUUAAACUAGUUCACUAAAUUAUAUCUAAAUAGAGUAGGCAUUUAGUGGACUUGUUUUCUAAGUAUCUGUGGCAAUCUGAUUCUGUUUAAAAUGCUAAUAUAUGCAUCCCAUCUCCUAAUGAAACCAGUUCUCCCUGCAUAGUUAAUUAACAUUUUAUACAGAUGAGUCAUAUUCACAGUAUUUUUCUACCAGAAAGGUUAAUAAAAGAAUUCGAUGCAGUUUUGAAACACCACAAGAGUAGCUUAUAUCUGUAAAACCAGUUUUUUGCAAGGAAAAAUUAUAGUAAAAUUUACUUGGAAUCGUUGUUCCAUACAGCUUUUAUCCACAAGGUGGCAUUCCUAACAGAAGUUUGAUAGACAUGGUCGCUUCUUGCAGUUUUUGAAGAGCUCUAAGUGAGAGGCAGUCACGAGCAUUUGUAAUAUUAUAUGAGCUUUUUAUGUUUUCCUUUUUAUAAAGUGUAAUUAAGAGUAAUUUAAGAAACCUUAAUGAUAAUUAGGUUAAUACUCAUUGAUGUAGGGAGCAUCCAGAAAUACGUGAUGGUUCCAGGUUACAAAACAGCACAUUCAUUCAUGGCACUAUAUGCUACUAGACAUUUUUCAACUGUAACGCUGGAAUCAAUUUUGCUAUAGUGAAAGAGUCUAAAAUAGGAAUUUAAAAAUUAUUUAAAUCAAGAGCAUGAAUAAUACCAUGGUCUUGUAUGCAAGCCCCAGUGUUUGGUGUUUUGAACAUGAUGCAGCACAUGGAGCUUGUAGUGAGUUCUGGGUUUAGGAAGGGCAGAGAACAGUGUUCAUGGGGAAAAGCUGUAUAAAUUAUGUCUUGCUCUGCAGGGGAGCAUUUUUCAUAGUUUAAUGUUACAAUGACCAAGCAACUUAUUUUCAUAUGCUUGUCAUCCAGGCUGAUAACGGAGCCAGUGGGCAGCUCUGCUUUUCUUCAGGCUUUAUAUCUUUUUUCAGUUUCUUGUAGUCUUUGUAUGGUAAAUUCAAAUACCUUGUUACUCUUUUGCUUUAAAUACAAGCAUGAAGGGAAUAUAAUAUGACCUGCUAAACCAAUGUAAAUGCACUAGAUUUUAUAUAGCAGGGAUGUGCAUGUUAUACUUUUCUCCCUCAUGGUUAAGGUCCUGAUCUUACUUUGCUUUUUUUGCUGAUUCUGUUAGAUCAGACCUUAGCUAAAUAAUCAUUUAUAUUUCCAUUCUAGCUGGUGCCCUACUUGCAUUUUGGUUUAUGAAAAAAAGGCCUAACCUAAGGUUUGUGCUGAAACUGUAAUCCAAUGUAUAUUGUGGAAUUUUUUCCAAGUCUAUUUUGAGGCAACAGAAAGGAAUAUGAGUUGUUUGGGUUUUGAUUUUUUUUUUGUGGUAGCAAAAUUUCUCUGGAGUCUUUUCUAAUGCCUGUGUACAUUUCCUGUUAAUCCCUCUGCUCCAUGUGCUGACCCCCACUGAUGCCUCAGACCUCUGGGUUUGGUUUCUUUCACUUAACGCAGCUGAAAGGACAGAGCAGCGGCUGCACCAUGGCUGACACUAAGGACAGUCUUUGCUGAGUUAGUGAGCACUUUUGUGACAUUAAGCAGAUGUUCUUUUCCCUAACAUUCUGUUGUACCUCCAUUAUCUCUCAAAGAUGGCUCUGCAAAACAGAGUAUGAAUUCCUGUUCACUGAAAGCAAUUGUCAGUCAGAAAACCCCACUUUCAGAAUGAUCAAGCUGGUAGAACCUACAUGCAGGUUGAAUCUGGCAACAAGGACUCUAAGAGGCAAACCUUCUGAGCUGUUAGUAUCUCAUGCUGACUGCCAGUAAAAUUUGAGGGCUUGUUCAUCUCUCACAUGCUGCAAAUUUUAAAGAAAUGUGGUGAAAAUUAAUAUUUCCAGGAUGUGGAAAUGGCCUGACAAAGAAAGUUAUAUAUAAUAAUUAUGAAGUGUUAAUGAAGAAGUAAAUGAUUUGUUGUUGUUGCCUUUCAAGUUAAGCUACACCCUGAAUUUUCUUUAUAGUAGUUAGGCAUAGCACUAGCUGAGUAAAUGAGGACAACAUUCCUCUGAGAUGAGCAAUAAAUCUGUCCCACAGAAGAGGUUUAAAUAUAGGGAAAACAAAUGUACAAAAAAACCCCAAAAACAAAACCAAAACAAAACAAAAAAAAA